GUUUACUUUGUUUUUACAAAGAUUGUACACAUACUUUUCCAAGAUACAUUGUAAAAAGUUUAUUUUAUUUUACAAGUCGAAUAUAACGUUUUAAAUCAGAAAUAGUUUUUAGACGUACAACGUACAACUGAAAGUGGUACUGAAGAAUUGUGUGUUUGUAGAGUAAAGAAUAGAAUUGGUUAAAAAAUAUUCGAAUGUAGUGUCAUAAUUUGUUAAUUAAUGCACUGAAAGUAUGAAAACUUAUUCCCGUAAACCCAUUAAGCAUCAAAUAAUAGAAGAUGUUCACAAACUUUGCAGACUCUGCCUUAAAAAGGCCGAUGAAAGUGUGUCAAUUUAUACCAGCGAUAAAGAUAACAUUUGUGCAUCAUUAGCAAUGAGAAUUAUGAUAUGUGUUGGGUUUGAGGUUUCACAGGAUGAUUGCCUACCUAACUUAUUAUGUACAGAUUGUUAUAAAGAACUAGAAAGAUUUUAUUCCUUCCGGAAAAAAUGCGAAAUAACGUAUCAAAAACUGAAGUCGCAUCUCCUAGCACUUAAAGACAAAGAAAAUCAUAAAGCAGACUCAAAAGAACAGCACCAAAAACUUAGUGAUUUAAAUGAUAUGAAAAAUGCAAGCCUUAUAGAACAUAUUAUAUCAAAGGAUGCUGAAUCAGUGAACUUGACAUCCAAAGAAGAUGAUAAAUCAGAAAUGGUGCAUUCUGAUGUUAAUAAUUUUGUAAACAAUGAAGUGAGUUUAAACCAUAAUGUUGAGGUAAGUCCUUUAAAGCAGAUAUGAUUAAGUAGCGUUUGAUAAAAACUUUUGAAAGCCAAGCAUGUGAGGUGUUUGUUCCUGGAAAUUGUCAGUGAUUUCAGUUGACAUCAUUACCAUUGUAGCCAUGACCUUAAUUUAUUACAUAGUAAUUAUAAUAUAGUAUGCAGUAGCCAAAAAUUAUAAUAUAGUAAUUAGAUUUUUAUCUUAUUAGUAACAGAACAGAAUACCAGUGUAAAAUAGCAGCUUAAAACUGCUGGGUUUCGUAUUUUCUUAGUCCUCACAGCUUAUCCUAUAAAAAAAAUUAAUACAACCAUAUGUGUUAUGCCUGGUCUCUAUAUUUAAAAAAUGCUGUUUUCUUUUACAAGCCAUUUUACAGUACAUAAAUUUUAUUAAAAACCCUUAUAAAACAAUAUAUUGGUUCAUAGAAUUAAGAACCACUUAAAGAAGUCUCAUUUUAAGUUAUUUUAAGUUUCCAAAUAAACAGUUUGUGAUAAAAACUGUUUUCACAUGCAAUUCAUAUGUAGUAAAACUGACCUUCACAAAGAACGAAAUGUUACUUGAAUAUAGGAAUUACGCAUAAGUGGUCAGAAUACCUAAUUACAGAUCAGCAGUUCAUAUUGAUAUUUGUACAAAAAUACAAAUUGGGUUUUCGGGUGUGUGUGCUACAUGAUAGAUCUACCUCUGAUUUUAACACAUUAGUGUUACAUUGGGCCAAGUAGUUUAGUAUAUUGCUUGUGCCUCUAUGUGAAAGUGCACAAUAUUUUGUGGUGUUGCAAUAGCUCCGAAAUAACUUCUCAAAGUAUUUGAUAAUUAUGUACAUUGCAAAAUCAUCAAUACUUAUAAGCGACUAGUGUUUCCAACAGUAGUACGUAGUAGUAGUAGUAGUAGCUUUUAAGUAUUUAAUUCUAACAUUACUAAUCCAUUUUUUACAGACACAAGAAAGUUUUAACCCUGAAGAAAAUGUACAGUCAACAGUAAUUCCUGACUUAGGAACAAUUAUAUCUACAGUUUUACUUGAAAUAGGUAUACUAACAAGAUCAGAUGAUAAAUUUACAGUAAUGGACAACAGUAUAAGGACUUUAGAACUGGAAACUGGUGAUGGACAAUAUGUUUUAGAACUUGUAGAGGAAAGCGAGGUAAAAGUAUUUCUGUAAUCUUUUUAAUUUAAAUUAUAUAUGCGUCUAGUGAGUUUGCAGAAUAGGAGACCAUUAUUACUGGUAACAAGGCAUUCCAUCUUAGUUUUCUGGGGCAAUAAUACAUCAACAUUUUCAUUUUAACUGAAGAUAGAUGUUGGUAUCAAUGGGCCACAGCAUUCACUUACUAUCUGAUGGACUGUGUCCUUGCUUGUCACCCUUAAUAUAGUUAAAAUAGGUGGUUUAAGAUAAAGGAAAAGACCUGACGGAAGUAGUGGUUUGUAUGGAGGAGCACUGCAUUCUGUAUUUGAGUCCAGUCUGGUUGUAUUAGGCCUUCGGAGGAUUCUAUCUGGAAAAUGUGGGUUACUAAUGUCUCUCCUUUCCAAAGCUGGAAUUUUCUCCUGGAGUCCUUCAGUAACCAACAACCCAGGAAUAUCUUCUUUAUUCCUCUUUAUAUCAUUAUUUCAUCACACAAUUUCUGUUAUAAGUAUAUAAUAUCUAUAAUUAACUUAAGUUGAAAGUUACUCUGUGUGAUGACAGCAUUUUUUUGGAAUGCCUCUAUCCAGUAAAAAGGGUUUCAGGUUCUCUACAUUCACCCUAUGAAACACAGCAGCAUUAUGCUGCUAUUUCCACUGGUAUCCUGUAAAAGUGUGGUUCUUCCCUGGUCAAGUUGAUCCAUUUGUGCUACAACCAUAAUAUAUAAUAGCUGCAGUGGCUCUACCACAUAUAAAACAUGAAUAAACAACUUUUAAACUUUAAAAUGCAUUUAUUACAUUCUAUACAUUUACUGCAUGAAAACAAUAUUUUUCAAAAGUACAAUUAUAGGUACUUAAUACAGUGAAAUAUUUCAGGAAGAAAAUGUAACGCAAACUGAAAGUACACAUGAAAAUAAUCGAAACUUAGUUAACCAAUUUGAUGUAGAGGACAGUAAUGUGAAAAAGUAAGUACCAAGUUAUUUCAUCAAAGUUAAUAAAUAACUGCCAGCCAUGACUACUUUGUAGCUGGGCAUUCUCAUGCAAACAGAUUAAAAUUUUUGUUGUGGUUGGUCUGCUUGGUUCUGCCCGUGCAUUGAUGAUCAGCCAAAUGGUUAUUACUAGUUUCUUUUAAAAGUAAAAAGUAAAGUAACAGCCUAUAUACGUCCCACUGCUGGGCACAGUCCUCUCACUUCUGAGAGGGUUUUAGGGCAAGAAAGUGUUUGCCGCGCUGCCCCAAUGCAUGUUGGCGGACUUCACAUUCACGUGUCUUCGAAACGUAUAUAUUUUUUUGAAUUCUGACACAUACAGAUUUCCUCACGAUGUGUUUUUUCACCGCAGGCCACGUGAUAAAUCAGCACUAAAAAUGCAAUUAAAAAUUUCAUUGGUGUCGGCAGGGAUCGAACCCGGAUUGCUCGCGUACUGUGAAAUUUACAGCGAGUGCUAACCCACUGAGCUACCACAACAUAUUUCUUUUAGUAUGAUAGAAUAUGUGUCCAGCUGUAGGUAACUACUUUUAUAAAAAAAAUAUACUAUG